UGGCGCAAUUUUGAAAGCAAGGGGAAGAACAUUGGAUUCAUUGAAGCACAAAAACCGCAUUCAAGUGCACUAUCAAUGGGAAAAGAAAAAGGAAGAAAAAGCGUAGCAGCUGUAAAAGCAAAAACUAAGAGAAGGCGACUAAGGAAAAAAAACCUCCUGAGGUUACAUGCAAAUCAGCAAAUCACACCAUUGAAUUCUGAAGAAUGCCCCUCAAAUGGAGAUGCUGAAGAAGCUGCAGUGGACAGUGAACAAGAAGACUUGAAAGAUGAUAGACUUUUUAAGGACUUCGUAAGAUAUGUAAAGGCAAAGGCGGAUGUAAAGAAAUACAGCAGUGGUCAUGUUGUAAACACUGUUGAUGGAAUUGUGAAAAGGCAUGUUUUUUUGACGGAACCAUACAAGUUCUAAUUUAAUGAGAAUGGAACGAAAAAGAAAAAGAAGGGAACCAAAAACCUGUUCUGGAUGUGGUGAAGAAUAUUCUGGGAGGCAUCUAUUAAGACACACUUGUUCAUCAAAUCAAACAGAGGAUCCUAGUGAUGAUACUAGAAAAGUACAUGCAGCGCCUAUAGUGAAAUCUGUGACAGAUGCAGAAAGGUCAGAAAACCGGACACUCACAAGUUUAGAACAUGAUGAAGAUGAUAUUGUAAUGGAAGAAGAGGAUGAUAUUCCAACGAAUGAUGUCUGUUUAUCUGAGUCCUCCGACAAUGAAGAGGAAUUGUGUGAAAUAGAUAUCGAUUCCAUUUUGGAUGAAGAAGAUUCAAGUCAAGAAUUAGAUAAUACCAACUUGUUGAUUGUUUCAGUUUUGAAAGUAUUAUUGCGCUGGCAGUCCUUGUUUUAUGUGUCUGAUCUUGCAUUGUCAUAUUUACUUCUUCUUGUCAAAUCAUUAUUAUACUUAGUGUCAGCUGCCUCAGAGUUUUCUAAAGAUUUGUACAAGAAAUUUCCAUCCAAUUUAUAUCAGUUGAAUAAGAGUAUUUCCUUUAAAAAUGAUAUGUUUCGAAAAUAUGCGGUAUGUCCGAAAUGUUAUGCUCUUUAUGAUUUUGCAGAGUGUGUAAAUGUUAUUGAAGGUGAUGAAAUGUCUAAAAAGUGUACAAAUGUUUUGUUUCCAAAUCAUGCUCUUCGACACUUUCGAAAGCCUUGUGGAGAAUUUCUUUUAAAAUCAGUAACUGUAAAUGGUAAAAAAAAACUUGUACCAAGAAAAAGUUUCUGUUAUAAGAGCAUUGAAGAAAGUUUGCAAAUUUUGGUAAAAAGAGAAGGUUUUGAAGAUCUUUGUGAAUCUUGGCGCUAUAGAAAUGUACCAGAUGAAAUUCUCAUGGAUGUGUAUGAUGGUAAUGUGUGGAAAUGUUUCAAUGGAGGAAAAUUUGAAUUUUUUACAUCACAACGUAAUUAUGGCAUUAUGUUAAAUGUAGAUUGGUUUCAGCCGUUUAAACAUACAAAUUAUUCUGUGGGUGCUAUUUAUGUAACCAUUUUGAACCUGCCAAGAGUUGAAAGAUUUAAAAAAAAAAAUGUCAUUUUAGUUGGACUUAUUCCUGAUAUGAAAUCGGAGCCACCCACUAAUACAUUUAUUGAUCCUUUAGUUGAGGAGCUGAAGCAAGCUUGGAGUGGUUUUUAUAUGAAGAGUUAUAACUCCCCAUCACAACCUGUAAAAUUUAAAUUAGCCUUAAUUUGUGUUGGAUGUGAUAUUCCAGCAAGUAGAAAAUUAUGUGGGUUUUUAGGACAUGCAGCAACUAAAGGUUGCAACAAGUGCAUGAAAACAUUUGAUGGUGGGGUGGGAGAAAAGAAUUAUGGGGGUUUUGAUAUGUCACUUUGGGAAGACAGAAAUUUGGAAGUUCAUAAAGAAAUUGUUAAGAAAAUUGUUAGAAGCAAAACAAAAACUAGUAGGGAGAAAUUAGAGAAGGAAUAUGGGGUUAGAUAUUCUGUUUUGUUAGAAUUGGCGUAUUUUGACCCUGUUACAAUGACUAUCAUUGAUCCCAUGCACAAUCUAUUUUUGGGGACUGCAAAGCGAAUGCUUUUGAUAUGGAAAGAUCAUAAGGUCUUACGACCUGAGCAUUUUGAUAUGAUGCAGAAACGAAUUGAAAAAAUAUCUUGUCCAUCAGAUGUAGGAAAGCUUCCCCAGAAAAUGGCUAGUAGUUUUGGAUCCUUCAAUGCUGAUCAAUUUAAAAAUUGGACAAUUCUUUUUUCCAUCUAUGCAUUGAAAGGAGUUUUGCCAGAGGAGCAUUUAGAAUACUGGCGAAAAUUUGUAUUAGCCUGUAAAAUAUUAUGUACACGAACUUUGUCGAGAAAUAAUGUGAAAGUGGCCCACCUUUUGUUAAUUUCUUUUUGUAAGAAAGUAGAACGGGCAUUUGGUAGUGAAUGUAUAACUCCAAAUAUGCACUUGCAUGCUCAUCUUGACAAAUGUUUAUAUGAUUUUGGACCUGUGUAUUCAUUUUGGCUCUUUAGCUUUGAAAGGGAAAAUGGGAUUCUGGGAUCAAUUCCAUCUAACAAAAGGAAUAUUGAAAUUCAGCUGAUGAGAAAGUUUCUUAAAAACAGUCAUGCUGUUGACCUUUUUUCUGAUUCAGUCUUAGAGGAACAAUUUGGACCUGACUUUCUAAAACUUAAAGUUUUGCAUGAGGAUAAUGAAAGAGGAACGUUAAGUCUGAUGAACACAGGUGCCAGUUAUGACCUAGUCAAAAUGUCCUCUAAAGAUGUCCGUGUUGAAUCACUAUGUUGGACAAUAGAUUCUUUUUCUGGUGUAAAAGUAUCAACAUUGAAGAAUUGUACUUUAAGUGAAAGAGAUGUGUCUUUUUUGAAAAGAAUGUACAAUGUUUUAUAUCCAAAUAUUGAAGAAAGUAGAAUCACUGUUUGUAAUACUUGUAGAUCUACUAAAUAUGUAGAUAUAUUUGGCUCAGUUUUAGGAAUCAAAUUGGGAAGGAGUAAUAGGUCUUCAUUGAUAAAUGCGUACUGGCAUAAAGAUGACGGUCAGAUUUGUGAUUACGAAGAAAUGGGAUUAGCACCUAGACCAGGGCAAAUUGAGAACAUUUUAUUACACAAUGUUUUAGUAGAUGAAAAAUCUUGUGUGCAUCUAUUAGCUCGUGUUAGUUGGUUUGCAAAGCCAAAUGAAUAUGUACUAAAUUACUAUGGAAAACCAGUUGAAGCAUGGAGUUGUGAUUUGUUUGAUGUCCAAGGACCAUCAAUGUAUAUACCUGUUCAAAGAAUUAGGUCUAAAUUUGUAUAUGCAAAAGAUGAAGUAAGAGGGCAAAAUGUUAUUGUUGUAGUGCCCAGGGAACGAUUUUUGUGUUAAACAGGUUUAUGUCACUGUUUAUACUUAGUGGGAUACAUGUAUUUUGUAGAGGAAAACAAUAACAUUUAAGAAUAUAUUGUCUUUAACAAGCUAUAUAUAGAUUUUAAAUGUUCAGUACUAUUUUCCAAUGUUAAGGUCCUAAAAAUUACAUGUUUAUAUAUAUAUUUAUAUAUAUAUAUUUAUGUUACAAUACAUGAUUAUUUUUCUAAAGCAGUACACUUAGAGCACACGUAUAUACACAUUCAUUUCUUACAUACACACUUUACAGCUUUGUGAAGUCAGCACAUACAAUUAUUUGUGUGAAGCUUGACACAUAGAGCACACACGUACAUACACACACAUUUCCUACGUACACACUUUACCGCUUUGUGAAGUCAGCACAUACAUUUAUAUGUGUGAAGCUUGACACAUAGAGCACACACGUACAUACACAUACAUUUCCUACGUACACACUUUACCGCUUUGUGAAGUCAGCACAUACAUUUAAUGUGUGAAGCUUGACACAUAGGGCACACAUGUAUAUACACACACACAUCUUACAUGCACACUUUACCGCUUUGUGAAGUCAGCACAUACAUUUAUAUGUGUGAAGCUUGACACAUAGGGCACACAUGUAAAUACACACACAUCUUACAUACACACUUUACCGCUUUGUGAAGUCAGCACAUACAUGUAUAUGUGUGAAGCUUGACACAUAGAGCACACAUGUAUAUACACACACAUAUCUUGCAUACACACUUUACCGCUUUGUGAAGUCAGCACAUACAUUUAUAUGUGUGAAGCUUGACACAUAGGGCACACAUGUAUAUACACACACAUUUCUUACAUACACUCUUUACAGCUUUGUGAAGUCAGCACAUACAUGUAUAUGUGUGAAGCUUGACACAUAGAUCACACAUGUAUACACAAAUUCUUUAACACACAAUAUAGUUAUGAUGACUUUUUUUUUUUAAAGUAACAAAUAUUAAUUAUUGAAAUAUGACAAUAUAACUUCAUUAUUUGUUUAAUCUUUUGAAUGCAAAAGACAAGAAAGAUGUAUACAAAAAUGCUGGAUUUAUUUAACUGCUAUACUAUAUUAUUUUUGCUCAUUUUUGUGCUGCACAAUUUAUUGACACCAACAUGAUGUAGACAAUUUUGCAUUCUGCAUAUUUUUAAAUAUUUUUUUCUUCUUUGUUUUUAAUUUGCUUAUGUGUUUGAACUUACAUUACAUAUUUGUUUUAUUUUUAAUGAAAUAAAAUAUGGAGCAUUUAAGCAUACUUGUAAUUAUAGUUUCAUUUCGAUACAAUGAAUACUUGGGAUUAUUUCAGAAAAGGAAAUGUUUUUUUCCCAAUUGUGAUGACAUAAAUUACAAUUUAAGGUCCAUGUGCUGUUAAAAACUCAAAAAUGUUCCUCUGUAUAUGACACAUUGCGUCAUAAUGAUCAGCGUUCAGUUGCAUGUAUCCUAGGUAGUCUUUAUUUUCAAAGUAAGGAAAUGCUUUAAAUCAAAUUUGGUUUGUUGGAAGUGUGAUGGAGCUUUAAGCAAAGGAACAAUUGAUAU